AUGGAUAAAAAAGUAAUAAUUCCGGAAAACAAAAAAGUAUCUAUUGAAGAAUUAAGUUACUUUGAAACAGGUGCGAAAGAUAAUCAAAAAGUGGUUAAGAAGGUAAAAGAAAAAGGACAACAAGCAAGCCAAAAAAAACCUUUGCUGGUUUUAAUAUCUGGGGGUGUCGCUUCCGGAAAAACUACUUUAACUCAGCAAGCAAAAGAAUAUUUUGAAAAAAGUUAUCAAGGAGAAGUAAUAACUCUUUCGAUUGAUGCUUAUUAUACUUUUAGCCCGCUACUUUUUCAUCUUCGUAAUCCUAAUCUUUCAGAGGUUUUUCAGUGGGAAGAACUAAACAAAGACUUAGAAUUACUUUCGGCAGGAAAAUCCAUUUAUUUACCGAUUUAUGAUGAUUCGGAGGGAAGAAGAUUUACUCGGUCAAAUGGUUUAAUUAAGAGUUCAUCAGUGGUUAUUGUAGAAGGAAUUUUUACUUUAUUUUACGAAGAAAUUAGAGAAAAGUCUGAUUUAAGAGUCUAUAUAGAGGUGGAUGAUGAUUUAAGAUUAGUAAGAAGAUUAGAAAGGUAUAAUAAGGGUUUAAAAGAAGGAAAAUUCAAUAAACCGGUGAAAUAUGAAAUAGCAAGAUAUAAGACCCAGGCCAAAAAAAAUCAGGAAAAUUUUGUCGAGCCAACUAAAAGAUAUGCUGAUUUAAUUGUUAAUAAUAAUAGUUUGGCGGGGAGUGUGAAGGAAGUGCUAUGUCUGUAG